GAAAGGGGUGAGAGAGUUGGUGCGAGAGAUUCGAAGCCUGUUAAAAAAUAAAACAAAGGCGGUGCGGUGGGUCGUUAAGAGCAGGUUACAAAGCGCUCUAUUAGAAAUUUGAUAGCUUAUUGUAUAACUGCAGCAACAACCGAGCUGCUUAAGCAAAUGAACUCGGUCGGGCGAACGUGAUUGUAUUAAUCUAAAAUGAAGAACUGGGCACACGCGAGGGUGUGAUGGCAUUUACAUGGCUUUCUUCAACACCGGCAGCGUUCGAUGAUCCAGAACCGUAAUCGGCACUUGUCAUUUGUAGCAGCAAUGGCAGAUUUACGCAGGAGAAAAUCGUUCAAGUUAAAGGUUGGGGCGGGGAGUGGAGGCCGGCCCGCUGGUCUGUCUGUUACCCCCCACGGAGCAUGCUGCUAAAAUAAACAUCACACACCGGAAACGUCAAGUUGUUGCAGUUUUUGUUACUUUCCGCGUAUCAUUAAAAAAAAUCGCUCGCUGAGAGACAAGCGUACACGACAUCUUGCUGCGUUUAGUUUACUCCUUAUCCAUUCCGUACGGACGUACGGAGCAAAACACGAUGCGUCGUUCAGAUAAAAAAACUAAAAAAGAAGGCCGUUCAUCCGGGUACUUGUUCCGGAGGCGCAAAAAGGUCCGCCAUAUUGGGACUGUGUAUUUUGUUACUGCGUGCGACAGUGUUAGCCUAAGUGAACUAAAGGAAGUGCUCCGAUGUUCGAAGUGAUAUGUCAUGAAGUUGACAAGGUUUGUGUCUCGCCGAAGAGUGUCUGCCGAUUGUGAAUCGACGUAGUCUAUGCGGAGAGAUGGGCUUUCGAUAGCUAUAAUGAGACGACGAUUGAAGCCAAAGUGAGGACUCGCUCGUGAGAGCGAUAUUUUGGCUGUCCGGCUGUUUCCAUUCCCGUCUUCGUGUCGACGACCGAGUGCAGACUCUGGUUCUGGAUGUGUGCUGGUCAACGUGGCUGAAGCGAAUGAAGAUGGAGCGCAGAAGUCGACGUGUGCCGUGCGAAACACUCAGGAUUAACCAUCACUGGACUGUUUGUUUACUUGUGACGUCCUGCUUCGGUAUCGCCAUGGCUGUGAGCCCCGACCGGCCGCCACCCAGCCUGAUGCGGUGCGAGUACUACAACGAGACGUUGUGCCAGGGCUCACCAGGUGCUGAUGGCCUGCCCCUUCCGGGCUGCAAUGGCUCUGAGGAGUGCCGGCCAGGGGAGAAUGAGAAGGGCAACCUCUGCUAUGUCCUCUGGCAGAACAACAGCGGCGUGCUCAGCGUCAAGCUCAAAGGUUGCUGGGUGGGAAACAACCAUGACUGCAGUAAGAGCCAGCAUUGUGCUGAGACGCGACGAGAGCCGAGUGUCCAGCUUCUUUUCUGCUGCUGCGAGGGCGACUUGUGCAACACUAACUUGAAGCCCUCGGCCGUGUACACUUCAAACUCACUCUGUAAGGGGCCUCGGAAAGCAUCGACGAAACUGUCCCCGCCUGUGCAACUGGCCCCUCGGGGCAGCCACCGGACCGAGACGGUGGUGGCCUACUGCCUGGUGCCCCUAGUGGCCCUGGCGGCGUUGCUGGUGGGGCUGUGCUGGCAGCAGCGGCGCAAGCAGCGGCAGGGUCACUUUGCCGAGGUGCCCACGGCUGAGCCCACCCCGCUGCCCUCGCCCGCCCUCGCACCCAAGGCCAUCCAGCUGAUGGAGGUCAAGGCACAAGGCCGCUUCGGAGCCGUCUGGAAGGCCCGCUGGGGACUGCAAUUUGUCGCGGUCAAAAUCUUUCCACCCCAGGACAAGAGCUCAUGGAUGGUAGAGAAGGAGAUCUUCAAGAUGCCCCAGAUGAAGCACGAGAACCUGCUGGCAUUCCUUGGCUCCACGAAGCAUGGCGACCUGAAUCACACCGAGUACUGGCUGGUCACCGAGUACCACGAGAGAGGAUCGCUCUCCGACCACCUCAAGGCUCACCUGGUGAGCUGGGGCGAGGUGCUGAAGAUAAGCGAGGGCAUCGCCCUGGGACUGGCCCACAUGCACGGGGAGCGACCGGCCAACAAGCUGGAAGGCUACAAGCCCCCACUGGCACACCGCGACUUCAAGAGCAAGAACGUGCUGCUCAAGGCUGACAUGACGGCCUGCAUCGCGGACUUCGGCCUCGCCCUGGGCUUCCCCAGCGGGGUGUCGCCAAGGCAGGCACACGGACAGGCCGCAGCGGCUCUUCUCGCCCAGGUGGGCACCCGCCGUUACAUGGCCCCCGAGGUGCUGGAGGGCGCCAUCAGCUUCAACCAGGACCAGUUCCUGCGCAUCGACAUGUACGCCUGCGGCCUGGUCCUGUGGGAGCUCAUCUCGCGCUGCUCUGCGCAGGACGGUCCAGUGGAGGAGUACAUGCUCCCCUUUGAGGAAGAGGUGGGCCAGCACCCGUCCCUGGAGGACAUGCAGGAAGCCGUGGUGCACAAGAAGGUGCGGCCACGCAUCCGUGACCACUGGAGGAAACACCAGGGCUUGGCGGUGAUCAUCGACACGAUAGAGGAGUGCUGGGACCACGACGCAGAGGCCCGGCUGUCGGCUUACUGCGUGGAAGAGAGGAUCUCGUGUCUCUACAAGACGGUUCCGCCCACUCCCACAGAUGUCCUGUCGCUUCUGCCACCUGGGGACAACAAGGGCAUGGAUGACUUUUACGUGCCACUGAACAUCAAGAGCGCCUUAGAGACGGCCGGGCUUUUGUCACCGAAGGAGUCCAGCAUCUAAGGUGCCCUCGGCUGCCGACGAGCCUUCCUCUCUCUCCUUCGCUGCCGCUGGGAGAGAGAGAAGACAGUGUUGUCGUCUGCUUUCUUGGAGGCCGUGGGAGGCUGGCUUGGCUUGCCAACAGACAGUGCUCAGAUUUGACUGCAAUUGGCCACGCAAUCAAGAAACUAGUGUUUCAACGGACAGCCACGACAUGACCGGCCCACGCUGCUGGUCUUCUGGAUGAGCAAUGCCUUUCUGUGUGCGUGCGUGUACGUGUGUGUGCGUGUAUGCUUGCGGGGGUGCUUGCAUGUGUGGGUGUGUGUCUGCAUACAAGUGUGCCUGUGUGGGUGUGUGGGCAGUUGUAAAAAAGAAAAAAAAAAAUUCCACGGGUGUCUUAACAUCUAGUCAAGCAGGCAGUGUGAGCAUGUUGGAUCAACAGAAAACACACACACACAAAAAAAGAAAAUCACUAAAACGAAAACUCACGAAAACUGAGGCAUAACAAAACAGGCCCUCCACAAUGACAGCAGUGACUCUGGGGCUGCUGUCUCACUCUAUUGCUUGGUUGAGGAAAUGUCGUUCAAACAGGGAUGGGCCUCACUGCGUCAAGCAAAUGAGAGGCUCCUCCAAAAUCUCUCUCGCUUGUUCUGUUCUUUGUUUGUCGGUGUUUUAGAACGGGAGAGAUAUAUAUUAUAUAUAUACAUAUAUAUAUAUAUAUACAUCUAUGUAUUUCAGAAGAUUCGCAGAAGCAGAUGUAUAUUUAAGCUCCCUUUGUUGGAGACCAGCACCGAACACUCUUUGCUGCCUCUUUGCGGGAUGAAAGAGAAACUUCGCCCUAGGUGGCUUCUAUUUACGUAGUGAAGCUUUCUUUUUUUGUUGUUGUUGUUUUUGCUCUGGACACGCAACUGUACAAAUACCUCUUGACUGCUUGCUUUUCUGUAGAGAAGCUGUAAACAGGGUCUUUAAAAAAAGAAGGUAUAGGAGUGGAGGGGGCUCAGGCAGUACUGAGUUGCAGUUUUCUUUCUUUUUUUCUCUAAAGAGUAAUUGUUAAAGCAACACAUUCAGCUACUCAAGAGCACAACCUAGCGAUGCUUCAGUCCAUAAAUCGAGGCAUUCGGACUAGUCUUUCGGUCUGGAAUAUGCUAAAGGCUUGUAGGUUAGCUUCACAGCUGGUGUUCAUGCUCCAUAGGUGAGAAUUCGCAGCUGUCGUGCCAGAGUGUAGUGCAAAGCCUGUCACGUAUUCUCUAUUUUUUUCCCAACAUAUGUAUAUUGUAUACGUGGCGUAUACAGACAUGCCUGAGCUAGCAAACGUGGCCCCUGGACUGUGUUUUGAAGUGAUUGCAUUAGGUAACAUAGUUUCUGGCACCUGAUGGGGUUUUCUUUUUGAAGCUGUACGACAAUGUAUGGUGACAGAAACUUGGUGAUCGAAAGACUUUUGCUUUUGAGAGACAGUGAAGCAAAACGCUGCAUCAGUUUGAAUUGGUUGUGCUGUUCUUUGAUAACUCUGCUUGCAUCCUUUUUUUUUUUUUAUGCAGGAAAAUGUAGAUUAUUUCUGAAGAAAACGAAGACAAAGCUUCGAAAUUCGUGUUUCGUGGCCAAAUACCAUGGCGCCAAAUUAUGUCCGUGUGACAUUGCAGUAUUUAUUAGGAAUUGUCAAGUAUUUCAUCUAUAUUUUUUUGCAGAAAAGUUUUCCGAAAGUGUGAAGUUGAGCCUUUGUUUACCUUUGAGCGUAGCGGAAUUCUUCGUUACUGAGAACCAGGUUGUCAAAUCAUCUCGGCCUUAGUGUCACUCCAAAAGGGCAAAGUUGUCGUUAAAACGACUAGAAACUCGGUAAAUUUAGCAACUUUCUUGCUAAGUUGCUGCCACUGAUUCUCAUGCAUUGGCUCAUGGAUGAGAUUGAUCAUUCAAUGGCGGUUUGUUUAGUGCAGUGUUCUGGCAGCAUUUUUUGAGCUAACAGUGAGGCCCGACGAAGUCGCUGUACCAGCAGAAUUGGGGAGAUGUCAAUGAUGACACAAGAAGGCACCAACUGGGUGUAGAAUCGCAGGAAAGCAAUCAUUUCUGAGUACGGCGUGGUGAUUGCGGAGCUGUGUUAGUGCCUGCAUUAAAGCACUUUGCAGCAGUGGAUCGUGCACGAGAAAGAUGAUCGUGUUGAUUUUACAGUUCCAAAACAUUUUUUUUAUAGCAGCUUUCAGCCAAUUCAUUUUCAAAAGGCAGAGGUACUUGCUUGCACUGCAGGCAUUGCUGGCAAACUUUCAAUAUUGAAGUGGCCGAUAUUGGACACUUUUAUUGUAGCAUUCAGCAUCAUUCAAUACUAAAUAUUGUCGCGCAAUCUGGUAGACGAAAGUCAAAAGCUCUAACUGCAGCUCCAGUGGUUACGUUUGAUCAGGCCUAACCGCAUUUAGUAGUACGUUCUGGCAGGCUAGUUGGUUCAUAGCUUUAGACGUUUCUUUAGACUGCGCUCGUGGUGUAAUGCGUGUUUCUUGCAUCCUCGUUUUUUUCGUGCAGUUAUGAGAAAUGUCUAAAGCUAACCGCAUUGAAACAAACAACUUGUUUCAGAAACGGGUUGCAAAUGAUUUGUUAAUAUGCUGGCCCUGCAACAAGGUAAGACCAAGUAAAAGCAAACUUAAUAGCAUUAAUUGCCAUUGUAAAGAAUAAUUGGUAGCAAUGAUAAAUUAAACUUGGAAUGUGACAUGGUUGGCCCCCUUACUGCCCCCAUGUUAUCAGACAAGCUGUGUGAACCACUCAAAGGCCACAACACUAAAUUCAAACUGAUGCUGUGUGAUGCGUCAAGUUCUUUCCAUUGCAUUCCUUGCAAGUACAAGUGAAUCCAGUGCUCUUCUGUGCUGUACUAAAACUGUCUGUAGAUGAGCUUGUAGGGAAAGUGUCACUAUUGAGCUCAAGCUUCAUUACCUUCCGGCACGACUCGUUAGGAAUGAGGGCAGCUCCAUGUUCAGCAGUACACCUAUUAUAAAACUGUAAAACACAUUGUGUGAAAUUACUAAAGUGAGUUAGUAAUAGCACUGCCCAUGGUUUUAUAAUACAGUUGAGGCUGGAAUCGGCCAUGCGUAGUAGCGGGCCUCUGGGGCAGUCUUUGUUCUUGGGGCUUUUUUCUGUUCCGAAGUCCGCGCGAGGAAGCCAAGUGUAAGCUGGCUUCCCAGCUAGAACGCUGCUUCAUUUGCACUCGAAAUUUGUUAAGAGGCGGUGUUUCGGGGUGCAUUUUGUUUGGUACCCUGCCCUGGUGCAGAACAUGCCUGUUGCUUCUAUCAGAAUAACUCCAGAAGUGUGCAUUGCCUGUCCCCAUUACAGCGAAACGAGGUGCACACCGUGUCUCAUCCCGAAUUUUACAGGCGCAGUUACUUAAUUACUUUUCUUGCUUCCUUGUCACCACGUUCACAUUUAAUCUGAACGAAGAAACUCGGGCAAGUGCAGCAGCCAAACAUGAUACUGCAGUCAAACCUCAAAGGAAUUAUCAAAUUUAAUGAAGUAAAUGUGAAAUUUAGUUGUUCUUCAUUUAUUAUUCAACUGCUAUACUGAAAAUCUUGCUUCCAACGUGGUAUUGGUUAUAACGAAAGAAAACUUUUUUUGCAUGGGACUAGAGGUACUAUGCGAACCAGCACCAAAAGUUCGAAACGUUCGCAAAACAAUGUUUUAAAUGCGCUUCUCUGUGCGUUUGAGUCAUUCAGUGCGGAAAAUAUUUAUUUGGUCGCUGCUGCCAUUAAUGAAGAGUAGACAAGAGCUUCACUUGGCUUAGCUUGGCUUGGUUUGCUGAACAGCGGUGGCUUGUCAUUGUUUUAUGUGGAAAUUGCUUGCACAUUUCUGGAAUACUGUUGCACAUUGUAUCUUUUUUUUUUUCGUUCUUUAGUGGAUUUGUUGGCAUCAUUCUUUAAUAAUGAAUGUUGGAUAUAACAAAGUGAAUUUCGAUCCAAAUGCAACAUUGUUAGGUUGAGGUCCACCUGUACUGAACAAAAUCCACUGAGAAGAAGCUUCCUUUGUGCAAAUCUUGAUUGCAGAGAAGCCAGUGGGUUAUCUGUUAGAGCCCUUUGCACCAGUCUCAUUAACGCGACUAUCAGUAGGUGCAACCUGAUAAACAGCCAGCAGAACUCCCCCUCCCCCCACACGUGUUCCAGUGUCACGCACAUCAUGGCUCACAGUUGUGCUGCAAACCCCCCUCGAGACACCAGCAAACACUGCUGCCGAAAACUCUUUUACAAUAGGCCGGUUAGGAAUACAACUCAGCGUGUGGCUCGGACUGUGUAAAUACUAAGGGAAAGAACGGCCCCCAGCGAGGACCUACUCAAAGCUUAACGUUUCGGCAAAUGGAACGAUUGUGGGGAAAAAAAAAAAUCUUGCGGCGAGGCAUUUCACUGCAGCAAGUGUACUGCCAUGGUUCACUAAAGGCUUGCCCGUACCUGCUAAAACAUAUACAAUGAUGACUGUAAUACUAGGCUGGCAUAGACGCUGAUCCUGACGUACAGUCUGUGUACUUUGUAAGCAUAAGCAUUGCUUCAAUUACACCUUUGUCAGGACGUUGCUUUUGUUGGGCCACUUUCGGCCGAGCUACGCCGGCGGGCAUUGUCCCAAGCUGGAUUGCGGCAGCUUCAGCAAAGUGCAGUUUUAGUAGCCAACGAGAGGCUCAAUGAAUCGUGUUUCCACAAAUCAAGAAAAAAAAGUGUGUUGCACAAGCGUGUAGCCAAACACUCCCCCCCCCCCUCCACACUCCCACCCACUUUUUUUUCUUUUUUAAUUUAACGACUAACCAUGUGCAGUCAAGGGCGCCUCUGUUAAUUCUCUUGGGCCAAGACAGCGAUUAGGAAAAAUUUCGAGCAAAAUAAUCCGAGUGUAUGUGUGUGUGUGACUGGUGUGUACAUGUCCGUGGCAUCAAUGACCUUUAAAAAAGUACAAGUGUUGCUCCUCCUCGUAUGUUAUAUAUAAGUUGAUAUAAAAUCAUGCAUUUUCAUUAAUACAUUGCAUUGCAUAAGCUUUUUAAAUCAUGACAACUUUGUUUAGACAAAGGAAAAGUAUGCUUUUUAUAUACAUAUAUUAUAGAUUUUUUUUUCUCAUUUUUUGACAGCUGUGUCAGGACGUGAUCCCAGUAGAAACUAGAUUGUGUUGUUUAUCUUACUUUGUUUGUUUGUGUUGGAGGGAUAUUUUUCAUUGACAUGUACCUCAAUUAUGCUUGUUUCGUCAUUCUUGGUGCUGUUUUUCUGUUACGAUACUGUACAUGUAUUUAAUUUUGUGUUUUUAAAGACUGCAGUGCCAACUCUAUUUCAACACGGCAGGCAUCGUUCGGAGGCAAGACAAAACAGCUGCUCAAGUUAGUUGGUUUGCUUUUCUCCCAGCGCAGGCACACAUUUGAAAACAAAAAAUCUAGGUUUCUCUUGGUUCGUUCUUCGUCUUCUUCAAAACGUGAGUGAGCCAGGAAAAACCUGCGUCUACGGGUAGCGACAAACUUGAUCGCAGUUUUCCUAUUUGUUUUUGGAUUCCGUUUCUCUCUCCUCUUGUGUUCCGUCUUCCUCUCUUCUCCUUCACCCAUCAGUUUUCAAUCGGUCUUUUAGCGUUUGUAUCAUCGCUGCCUUCAGAGAUGGCGUUGGUUUCGUACGGCGGUUUGUAAGCCCCAUUGGCAAAAUGAUUCUCGGUGCGGCUUGGAGGCUGAAUUGGUGCAUGUCACCAGAAGACGGCACCAGAGGCACCAGAAGGCGUCGAGGUGCAUUUCGUCUGUCGACGGCACCAGAUGGAGGCAGAAUGCUGAUGUCACCGAUGUCUGUGGACAUAGGGAUCACUUGCUCACUCUGGUUCAUAAUUAAUAAGAAGAAUAUAUAUAUAUAUAUAUAAGUGUAACGCUGUAAAAUGCACAGGUGUUGCAAUUGAGUUGUUUGUCAUAUGGUGCAGGCAGCUUUUACAAGAGCAUCCAGGUAUAUGUAGUUGGAUGUUCUGUGUGAAAAUGUGAGGUCCUUUGACAGUUCUAAUUGAACAUCCCCAGUGAACUGGACUUGUAAUUAUUAACAGGACCCCACUUCUGGGACAGACAUUCAAGGAAAGGAAUUCAUUUUUUGGGGGUACAAAGGAAUUAAAAAAAAAAAGAAAGAUAAACACAGACACACAAAGAAAGGACAUACUUGCCCAUCACUGCCAACAUUCCUGUGUGUACAAACUACCUGUACUUUUUAGUUUUAUGGUGGAGUCAAUGUGUGUGCUACUUAAAACAUCAGCAAAAGAUGGUCGAAAAUUUAAAAAAUAUGUAUACUGCUGAAACAGACGCCCGAGCUCAGCUGCAGGAAGCACCUAAGCAGCUCGUGAGGCCAUGACAAAAGCGGCGCUAGAAUGAACUAGGUCGUUAGCCGCUACAGGCCGUUGGAGUGUUAAGCCACAAUCUCAGUUUGAGAAAUUGGCUGCGGUGUGGCUUAAAGGGGGUAAAAAGGAACAAGAAACCUUUAGGUUAAAUGCAUUGUGAAUGCAGCAUGAGAUAUCUCUCAAGUUCUUGCAUUGCUCCUAGCAUCAUUUCAAUGCUUUUCUCGCAGGACUGCUUGGCCAAGGCCCAAUUAGGGUAGGGAUGUUGGACACCACUGGUCUAACUUGCAUUUUCUAAAGGCAUUAACUUACAAUGGUCACAAAGUCCAGUGGUAUGAGAAGAGUUGUUGCCAUAGUGCAUCUUCGUCAUUUUAGCGGGCGAGUUAUUGAUGAUUGAAAUUAGUAACGAAACGUGUGGCAAAUGAGGCUUGUGUUGCCUACAAAAGGAAGAUGUAUAGCUGCUGUGCAAGUACAGGAAGUAGAGGUGUGUGUAUGUUAAUGUUGUCGGUUAGUACCGUUUUAGGUAACAUGCACCUUGCAGUCGCUUUUAUUGGGCUGGCUGCUUUUUUUUUUUUUUUCUUUAAUGCAGAAGCGUCAAAUGGCUUGUUGAGCUAAAAAGUCAGCAUUUGUCGUCUGUAGGAGCGAAACGGCAGGUAACCUCCCCUUGGCUGCGACACCCCACCUCGCAAGUGCACCUCGACGGAGCAGAGCAGCCGAAAGGGAACAGCUGCGGUAGCGCACCAGGUGUUGCACGAGGGGAGAGGACAUCGCCGUCACCAUGCCACGUCACCCUCGCUUGCUCUCGGAAGCCUGUGUUAUCCACGCGCCCCUUGUUCACGCAAGCUCUACUGCUCCUCGGUGAGGCCAAAUCAAAACACGCCAAGUAUCUCAACGCGUUCACUUGCCCGCGAGAAGUUCUUAAUUCAAACAACCGCUCAGGGGCGUUCAAUUGGACAUUAAUGCUUUUGCAUUCGCAACUUAUAAGGUGUGCUUAGGUGUCCCCAGAUUUUUUUAUUGUUAUCUCGCGAUAAUUCAUUCGUUGAUCAACAUUUUGUGAGCCCCAAGUCACCUGCGAGAAGGCCUACCAUAAGCGAAGUCUAGGAGUUGCAUAUUAGUGCGAUGCGGAGGCAAACACUUAGCAGGAGGGAAUAAGGCAGAACAUAACGAGCCUGAAGUGUAGCAUACUUUGUUGCAGCUAUUAGCGACUCUUUUGCCGAGUAUUGUGAAAGAUCAAGCAUCUGCUCAACAGGCAGAAAUGAUGGUGACCUUCAAGGCUGCAUUGUUCUGUGGCUGGUGCGACAACUUGUAAUGAGAGGUGGGAAUGUAGUAUGGCUGAUCUGGGUACUUCCUGGAUCUCCUAAUUUGGAGGUUCAUGUGGAUCAGGAAGUAAAUCCAGCCUAAAAAAUGGUGGAUGCGUUUUGGUUGGGAGGCAGAACCAGAAUGUCGCAUGGCACCUUGUGCCAUUUGUCGUAAUCUGGGAAACAUCAAUUUGGUGCAGGCUCUUUGCAACUAAUGUUGCAUGGAAGAUUAGUUGCAUUUUAGUCACCUAAAGUAAGGAAGUCCCAUUGGUGCAAAAUGAAGCGAGCGAGCAACCAGAGGUUUUUGUCAGUGAUGAUUGAACAAUAUAUUUAUCAGAAAAAUUACCAUGGUUCCAUGCAUUAAGGCUUGGUAGUUGACUUAUUGAUAGAUGAACACUCAAGGUUAAUUUUUUAAUUGGCAAUAUCUAUGAUAAGCUGCAAAAUCGAUUUAGUUGUUUGCUCAGAAGUAAUUUAAUCUACUUCUUGCCAUAGCGUGCAUUGCUCUUUAAAUGGGAGGAGAGUCAGUGAUCUGAACAUUUCGAUAGACAAUAUUGUUGUCGCUCACUUAUGCAGUGCUUAUGCAGCUGGGCUCUAAUGCACUGUGCAGGCAUUUUUCUUCAAUUGUUUUUUCUCUCUCUUUAUAGUCAUUCCCUCAAAACUGAACACACCUCAUUUUACUAACUUCCUUUGGCAGUUGAACUGUCUGCAGCCCCCUGUGUACUUUUCUCUGAAUCCAGCAGUCUGUCGAAAAGAACCCUCUGUUGUUUCCGAAUGUGCCAAAUGGACUUUGUUUCCCCCCCCCCUUUUCUUUUUGUUGAUCAUGGCAUCGUCUCUCGAAGCCCGACGGGUAUGCUCAUUGGGCACACUGUGAAUUAGUAAAUGUGGUGGUCGUGCAAUGGGAUGUUGAACCACAGUUCCUAUUUUGCUGGUUUCGCUGUUCUACCCCCCAUGGCCCCCGUAUUUCUCUCCUUUUGUGCACAUGUGGCCAUCACAUUUGUGUUUAUGUCUCGUGUUAGACAACCGGCAGCACCCUCUUGUGACUGGAGACAGCGUGAUUGUGGUGGUUGGACUUUAUUAUGCAGCUCUUCUUCGCUAGUUGAGAGAGAGAGAGAAAAAGUGUGUGAAUGCAUGUCCUUACUUGUUUUCAAACACUGCAACACAAGCCAGUGUUUGUCGAUCACUACUUAAGAGAUUGAGUGCGUGGUCUGGAUGAAUGAUUGGAGUGUGUCGUGUUGCAUCUCGUGAUGGGAUGGAAAAGAACCCGAGUCAAGCAUCACGACAGAAGGCAGCCGCUUCUGGUGACUGGAAAGACUUUUGCUCACCGGAUCCUUUCACGUGCCACGUCUGAGGAUGGUGUCCAGCAUCAAGUGAAGGACUAAAGAGACGUGGUAGGGGAUGUGUUGUUCUUGGUGGUUUUUCUGGAAGGGGAACACACUUAGAUAAGCAUACUAGAGUGACAAGUUGGAAACCACUUUGCGUGAGAUUCCAUUCUUUCUUUCCUUUUUCCUUUUUUUUUUAAUUCCCUCUGCUUUCAGUGUACAUAUUACAGGCUGAACAGACAGGUCUGCGGACUACAAAUUAGUCGCCAUCUUCUUGCAGAGAGAGACAAAAAAAAGUGUUAGAUGUCGGCCUGUUUCUUCCAUGUUGCGGCAGCUCAAGUACAAAUUAUUUCCUGGCUGUAGAUAUGCAUACUGAUGCUCUCUUUGUGCUCUUCAAAGGCAAGUUUUGCGUAAGUCGUUAAGACAGCUCUGGAAGAAAUGGCUUACACGAGUCCCGGCGUCCUUCAUUUAGAUCGGGUCCCGCAGUGAAACCCGUGCCCUGUCGUAAUAGUAAAAUAGUGCAGGUGUUUGUUUUGUGCGCGUGCAUAUAUGUGUGAUUAUAAAGGGGGUGUCCAGGCAACGUGGUGUUCUCUGUUACCUGUCCCUGUGAAUGGUGUCUCGAUGUGUGUCGCUAAACAGAAGCCAAGGGGAGGGCUUGCUCUCUUGUGUUUGCUUUUUCUUUUUUUUAAAUCUUGUUGGGAAUUGUCGCAACGAUGCGAACGAAAUCGAAAAGGUAAAACACUUGUAGAUGAAAAACCGGGUUAUGAUAAGUGCCUUUUCCGUUCUUUUGUUGACAGUAGCGUUCUGCUGGGCAGCGCACUAUUGUGCUCGAAAGGGAAGAAGAAAAAACAAAAAACAAAAAGCUCUAGGAUGGCCAUGGAGACACACCAGACUCCGCUUCCCAGCACAAGGGAGGGUGGUGAAUAGCCAGACUGAGAAAGGACUUUCUUCAAAGGAGGCUGGUUCGGCACUGCUCCUAGAACACUCGCAGAGCAAAAUGCAUUGUAAUCGUCGCUCUAGAAAUGCAAAAUUUUAUUUUUAAUACUGUAGAUUUUUGUAAGUCUUGUGAUUGACAUCUGUAGAGGCACGCAUUAUCUUAGGUGAGAGCGUAUAGGUUUGUCCUUGUGUUGGUAGUGUGCUUAACUUGUUUUUUUCUUCCAAUUGUCCCAUCUUGUUGCAUAGGAGUUCUUAAUUUCUUUCUUUUCCUUUUUUUUUUUUUGAGGCUUUGUCACUGAACGGAUAAGUGAUGUACACUAGAAGUGGGAGUUUAGUGCCAUGGAUUCCCAGACACCCAAAGUAAAGUUCACAGCAAAAGGGGCAUCUCUGCGGCUUAGUUUCGGCCUUCCGCCGGCCAACAAGGGCCUCACUAGUGGAGCUGCUUGGGGAUCCAAUUGGCCCAGUUUGCACUUUAUUAUAUAUAGGCCUGUGAACAACUUCCUCGCAUACCUUGCUUUACGCUCAGAUAAAUUAUAGAGUAAGGUGCUGGCUUGGGCUAGUUGUAUGGGUUCCAUGCUUAAGAACAGCUCGGAAAGCACAGGACAAGUGAGAAGAUUACGCAACCAUUGUGUCAUCUUGUGGCUCGUCUUGGUGUUUUGUGUUGUUUUCCGUAUGGGACGUGUACAGUGUUUCCCAAUUGCCAGCCGCUGCUUUAUGUUCCAUUUUUGUCAAGUCUGAGGCCAUAUUCUCAAUCGGUCACUUUUGGAGAUAUCACUGUUAUUUAUAUUAAAUGGAGACCUUGCCCAAGCAUCAUAGAUGCCAUCUGGUGGAGGGCUUCGCAUUAACUUAACCACCUGAGGUGCUUGGCACACAGUCGUAGUUGCAUUCCACCCCGAUCACAAUGCAGCCGACACGACAGAAAUUUGAGCGCACGACUCCAUGCUCGGCAGUGGAACCUCACUGAAAGACUGUGACUGGUGGGUGUUCCUUCCGGAGCCCAUUACUCAGUGUGAUGUUACACAAGCAUGAAGGUAUCCCCAGUGGUGAUCACUUCAGAAUAUGUCCCUUGGUUUGUAUGUAAACUGUGCAUCGGAGGGGCCUGUUGUUUUAUGAACUCAUCCAUGUCGAGAUGUAUGAAGUGCGGAAGGAGUUGCAAGUUGUGCUUGGCCGUUAAAAAGACAUUUAGUUAGUGCAGGGCAAUCCACAUUCCGACGAUGCAGCAAGGCACACAUUCUCAUUCACCUCUGGUAAACCUGUUGUACUUUGGUGUCUGGUGAUUCCCCUGCACACGAAACGGUACACCAUGGUAGUGAACGACGACAGCCCACAGCGAGAGGCUUUGUCGUUGCGAAGGGAGAGUUCUGACUUGUAUGCCUAGAGCAGCUUGCUUUGGGAUGCAUGUAAUCUAGCAUAUUGUGACUUAUUUACUGAAUAGAUUCUUUUGUCCUGAAAUCGUGAGAAAGGGUGCCGCUUUUGGCUUUCCCCUCUGUAGUUCUGUCGAGAGUGCGUGUGAGAGUUACUGCAGUGUUUUUUGCCUUGGGCUCUUAGGGUCUGCCUGUGGCAAUGAGUGUUCAAAGCUUUCAACACCUGCCCACGCACGCCUUAAUGGCCGAGGCUUUUCACACUUGAACCUUGGUUUGCCUGGUCGUAGUUGCCAGCGAGGCCAGCCUUGCUGUUGAGAACUGCUUUGGUGGUUGCUGCUGCUGCUGCUUCAACUGUCGAUCAAGGGAAGAGUAGUGCCUCAUCCCGUAAAAAACGAGGAUGGCCCCUCGAGCAUGCGCCUCGAAGUAAACAAAAACCAGAUGGUGCUGCUACAAGCAUACCACAUUGCAGUGUACAGAUUUCACUCAUUUACAUGUGCUCAUUCAUCACAUUUCCCUGUUGUACAUUGCCUCCUACAUGUUUCUUCCUCUCUGGCCUUUCUUUUUUCCUUUUUUUUUUGUUGUUGCUGCAUACUGUGUUUACUCUGUUUAAAGACCAAAAUAAUUUGCAUGCUUUGUCUAUUUGCCCGAGCAGAUUUACAAUAAAAAAAAAAGAAAGAUGACUUAAAGUGA